GUCAUAAAUAGUAUCAGUUCGUCACUGUUGAAAGGAAAGCUCAGUUGUGAGAUGGCAAUGUCAAGCUUGAAGAAUGCUUUAAUAGUAAUCCUUUUGGUGAUAACUAUUGUGUGUUAAACAAAAUUGUGCAAAGCAAUCGAAUAGCCACAGUACAAAGUAGUGCACUCAGAAUCAGAUUUUGAAAUCAGACAUUACAGGGAGUCAGUAUGUAUGGCCGCACCCGUCAACCAAAUCUCCUUCGAAAAAGCCACUAGAAAUGGUUUUCACAGAUUGUUUCAAUUCAUCCAAGGUGCAAAUUUGAACUUUUCUUGUAUCUGUAUGACAAAGCCAGUUUUGACUAGCAUUGUCCCAGAAGCUGGUCCUCUUCACUCAUCGGCAUACUUUGUUAAAUUCUACUUGCCUGAUAAGUUCCAGGCUGAUCCACCUCUUCCCCUUCUGGAGCUGAACCUUCAACCUGAUCCAUGGACUAGUCAUUGCAUUGCUGUUAGGAAGUUUUCAGGAUUUGCAAGAGAUAGCAACAUUGUUAAAGAAGCUGAGAAACUAGCUCUAAGCUUGAGUACACAUCUUAUCAUGCUCAUGUUAUGUAAAUUUGGGAUUUCCUUAGUGGGACUACAUGGUUUCAUGGAAGUCUAAUUAAUUCUGUAAUUUCCUUGAUAAAGAAAUUUGACAUUAACAUGCGUGUUAUUCUUACGUUGUUUA